AUGGCCUUUUUUCAACUCGUUCUGAAGGCCAGGAAGCUGGAAAAAGCGAGACUCGCUUACCAGGACGAAAAAUUCAGAUCCAUCGAAGUGUCCAAGGGCGCAAAGAUACACUAUACUUUGGCGCAGAAGAUCCGUUACAAAAAAAUCCUGCUGAAAAAGAGAUUUUUCAAAUGGUUAAAAAAGGUCACAUCGUGCCCGGAGGAUUCUUGGUUCCACGAGAAAUCGGUUCUCCUGCGAACCGAUGGGACUUUUGAGAAUUACAUUUUGAAAAGUGUAAUGGGGUUUUUCGGGGGUAUAUUUUUGACCUACCUGUUCUUCAUGUUCUUCGUUUUCCAAUUGAACUUCACUCUGUCCUCUGCUACCCUGCUCUGUUCGUUUUUCGGUAUCAUCUUGACCAUCGGCCUCGCGUUUUCGUACCGCGUAAGGUGUGUGGUGUUCUUGUUAUUGCCGCAAUUUUUCUCGAAACGAGGUCGCCAAGCCCUGAUGGCGUACGUUUUUAUUCUGGCUUUGACGGGCCCCGCGAAGAACACUCUGCACAAUAUGGGUGUGCUCUCGGAAUCGUUGGCUUGUGGACAAGAGCAACUGAAACGGGCCGUUAAAACCAUCGUGGAUCUUGUCAAGCAGCCGUUUUACGCCCUGCGAGAUUCCAUAGCAAAAAUUAUGAAGACCGUAAAGAUGGUCGUGAGAAAGAUCAAAGAGGCCUUACUCGCUAUAAAAAGAAUCGUUCUAAGCAUACGUGAGUUUGUUACCGAACCGUUUGUUGCAAAAAAAGUGAUAAGGAAAUUUCGAUAUUCCAUUACAGUCAAGGUAUUCAAAGCAGUGUUCCAGUGGCUGGGUAGUAUAAUGAAUAUUUGCAACAAGAAACUUGGUACACCUUUCGACAGGUGCCAAAAAGUCUUCGACGGAGCUGUUGCGGACUGCAAAGCUUCUCUAGGGCCACUUUUUGGAGGUGUCUGCAACCUGGCCUACGUCGUCGGUUUGUUAUGCUGGGUGGUCAAACCCUUCGACUUUAUCUGUAUGCUGGUGUCAUUUGUAACAGACAGCAUUGUUGGCGUCGUAAAAAAGAAGAUAAAGAAAUUCGCGAAGCACGUGAAGGCCAUGUUUUAUGUAAAAGUGAAAUUUUCGCACUCCUUUCACUUCGAGACCAACCAGAGCAGGAGCCUGGAAGAUGUAGCUACCGGAAUUGUAACCGAGAUAAGAUCGCGAACAGACAAAUUCCUCACUGUAUUCGAUUUGAUGAGUUUCGCAACUAGUUUCUUCUUCAUGUUUAUGAUGUUGAGGGUAAUACACUAUCGUCACAAGUGGUUGACGAGCGAGAGGUUCGAUAAUCGCUACCUGACCGAUGACCUCCGCGAAAUAGAUCUGCGGAGGGCCAGAUUGGACAAGGAGACGGUCCUGCCCUUGAACCCGAGAGAAAGGAACAAGUACAUCCCUCUCACUUCAAUCAAACUGAUAAAAACCGAAAAAAUCAAGCUCACAAAGUCCGCGGUCUUCUUGUGGCUGACGACCUUCAAACUCGGAAUCCACAUGAUGGCGGAUUACUGCCUCUACUGGGUUCUCAGCACGAUAAGAUAUCACGGCCGAUUCGAAUCCAAGAUCGAAACGCCCAACGCCGUUGGAGUGUACGUCGCUGGAAAUGGUUUUUUGGCGGACUUAUACCGAAGCAUCGUCAGGGCUUUCUCCCCUUUGGAAAACGAGGUCGAUCUGGACACCGUUCCGUGCUUACCCGACCCGAUUCCCCCCGAUUUGGAUCGUUACACGCAAAUUGUGUCCUUAAUUAUCCUUUGCUGGAUCAUGGCCGUCUUUGAACCUUACGGUCUCAGGCUGAGACACGUCGUCAUGUGCUACUAUCAUCCGGAUCGCGCCAAACAGCGAGCCGUUUGGCUCUACAACCACAUCAUCAGGUCGCGAGGUAGUUUCCUGAAGUUCGCCAGACGUCAGUUGAGGAGGAAAUACUCAAAGUCAGAUAAAAAGGAGGCGGUAGAAAAAGUAACGCUGAAGGAGCGACUCGUGGCGUUUCUCCCGAUUUUACGUAACUGCUUUGGAGCGGAGAGGCGUAUGUGCCUCUUGUGUGCGGCUGUUGAAAGAGACAGUCAACCACCUUUGAUACGCUGUCCCAAGCCAGGCUGCACAGGCCUGUUUUGCAUACAGUGUUUCGCAGAUCUACAGAACUUGUGCACAAUCUGCUUGGAGCCGAUCGACUACGGUGAUCUUUCCGACAUGAGCGAAGAAAGGUAA